GACAUCUACUCAGAAAAUAUAUAGCAGGGGGGACGAGGAAGAACAGCGGAGAGAAUGGCCGCGGCCGUGGGGAGCCUGAGGGCCUUCGUUCCUCGUCGCUGCCUCCGCAACCGUGGGUGUCCAAGCGCGAAGCCUCCGCUCUCGGUUCGGAUUCGAGCCUCCUCUUCCGUCACCGCCAGCGUCGAGGCUAACCCCGUGGAUCCUAUUCCAGAUGCAAAAGUUAGCACUGGGAUGAAUAAUUUAGGCUGUCCUGUUUGUUAUUAUCCAUUAAUCAGUAAAAGUAAUGCAAGCCAAACUGUAGCAUCACCAGCUGGGUCUGAUGUUGAAUGCCAUAUUUGCAAGAAAGAUUACUUCAAUAAUGGAAUAUAUCUGGAUCUGACAGUAUCUAGUGGCUCAAAAGAGUACACUGAAACUGUGCCAGCUGGAACAGAACUUUUUAGGAGUCAAUUGGUUUCAUUUCUUUAUGAAAGGGGAUGGCGACAAAAUUUCAUAUGGGGUGGUUUCCCUGGCCCACAAAGAGAGUUUGAAAUGGCUAAAGUUUACCUUACACCAACCAUUGGAGGAACUAUUGUCGAUGCAAGUUGUGGAAGUGGCUUGUUUUCAAGGCUAUUUGCUGAAAGUGGAAUGUAUUCACUUGUUGUUGCUUUGGAUUUCUCAGAGAAUAUGCUGCUGCAGUGUGAUGAAUUCAUUAAGCAGAAGGGCAUUUCAAAAGAGAAUUUAAUCUUGGUCAGAGCUGAUAUCUCUAGACUUCCAUUUAUUUCAAGUUCCAUUGAUGCUGUGCAUGCUGGUGCUGCAUUACAUUGUUGGCCUUCACCAUCCACUGCUGUCGCAGAAAUAAGUCGAGUACUCCGCCCUGGAGGUGUAUUUGUUGCCACAACAUUUGUUCUUGAUACUAUUCCUCCAGCUGUUCCAAUCUUCAGAGCAAUACGUGAGCUUUAUACCCGAACCUCAGGCCAACACCUCUAUCUGUCAGAAGGUGAACUCGAAGAUAUCUGCAGUGCAUGUGGUUUGAUUGGUUUUACGCGCAUCAGGAAUGGAUCCUUUAUCAUGAUCUCUGCAACCAAACCGGGCUAAUCAUCCUGUUGAUGUCAACCAUUGUGCUGAUCAUCAGUAGUCUCUAUAACAAGUUAUUUUUAAAGCUGCAUCAUUGGAAUGGCCAAUAUUUGUUUGUUCUCUUGUACAUGGGUUAAGGUUUUUGGUGGUUGGUGGUGGCUUCUUGUCUUUCAAGAAACUUAAUACAGAUUACUCUGGCGGGUGCAUGGCCCAAGUCAUCUAUACACCAUUGAAGGACAUGAUUAUAGUUUUGUUAGAAAAAGGGGACAUCUGCGUAUGUUUGUUCAUAGAGAUUAGCUUAGUCGCUUCCUUAAAUAAUCAAAAUUUGCAUGAGAAGAUUCACCCCAUUUUAGCUAGCAAGAGGGAGGCAGUUAAUCAUCUGAUCUAUUGAUUUAUAACUUGGUUUGUAUGCCUACUUCCUAUCUGACCUAUCAAUUAAAGAAAUGUUCUAGUUC